GCGCUCGCCCGCCCCUCCCGCGCCCAACGCUCGGCUCCUAGACGCCCGCGGCCGGAUGUCCUGCGUCCGCACCGUCCUCGGCCUCCUGGCGGCUCUGGCGGCCUGCGGCGCCGUCGCCUUCCUCGGCUACUGUGUUUACUUCGACCGGAAGCGGCGUGGGGAUCCCGCGUUCAGGCGCCGCCUGCGGGACAAAAGAAGAGCCCAGCAGCAGAAGGCUGAGAGACGGGGCGCCCAGUUGUGGGAUCCAGCAAAGAAUGAAAAAUUGCAAGAACUUUUUCUGCAAGAGGUACAAAUGGGACAACUUUGGUUAUCCAGAGGAGAGCAUCAGUUGGGGGUUGAACAUCUCAGCAAUGCCCUUUUAGUGUGUGGACAACCACAGGAACUUCUGAAGGUUUUCAAACACACACUCCCUCCACAGGUAUUUGAGAUGCUGUUGCACAAAAUUCCCCUUAUUUGCCAGAGUUGGAGCUGAGGAAGCCAGCAAUCUGCAGUUGCCAAUGGGCACAGUCAAAAUCCCCCAUCUCCCCAAAGCUGGCCCUCUCUAGCCAAAGGGCCAGGAAAGGGAAGCCUAUAAGAUAGAAAACUUUCAAACAGUGACUGUGUACUUCAGGCAAACAAAAACACUGCGACCUGCAUCCCCCAUCCACCCACAUUAACAUAAGCCAAGUUAGGAGCCUAGGCUUUCACCCUGACUAAGCUGUAAUGAGGCACUCAGUCCCCCACACUUCAGAGAAGGGAGAUUAGGAAGCAGGGACUUUCAUCCUUAGUGGGCAUUCAUGAGGGCUCCCCCACCCCAACAACCAUCAGUAGAAACAGCAUGAGGAGCCUGGACUUCUACCUCAAUUGGCAGUAAUGAGGUACCUUUCUUUCUCCCCUCUGGGUGGUAUCAAAGGAGGCCUCUUUGAGAUUCAAGGCUUGCAUUACUGUUCCAUGGUAAUUAGUUCACAUACCCUCUUCUGGUGUCAAUGGAGACGAUGUGGGGAGCAGUACUGAGGCACUCCAGUCCCUCUCAGCCAGGGUGAUACUAAUGGAGGCCUGCUAGAGAGCCGUAAUUCCUACUCCUGCCCAGCAGUAGGAGGAGCACACCACCUGCCAUACACCUUAAGUGACAGGGUGAGGCACCUGGACUUCUAUCCUACAUCUAGUAGUGAUGAGGUAGCAUGCCCCCUCCGCUACUUCUGCUAAUGAAGCAGUGGCAAAAGGAGCCAGCUAGAAAAGAAGAUUUAAACAAGAUCUAGAGCCUCAUAACACAAUACACAAAAUGUCCAAGUUCCAAUAAAAAAAUCAAUCAUCAUACCAAAGACUAAGAAAAUCUCAAACUGAAUGAAAAAAGACAAUAUAUACCCAAUACUGAGAUGACAGAUUCAGAAUUAUCUGACAAAGAUUUUAAAACGGCUAUUAUAAAAAAUACUCCAAGGAGCAGUUACGAAUAUGCCUGAAACAAACAAGAUAUUAGAAGAACCAAAUGGAAAUCUUAAGAAGUGAAAAAUUAAAUAACCAAAAUAAACCAAACAGAUAGCAUCAAUAGCAGAAUGGGGGACAGAGGAAGCAAUCAGCAAACCAGAAGACAGAAAAUAGAAUUAACCAGUCUGAGUAACAGAAAAAUAUAAUGAAAAAAAUGAACAGAGUACCAGGAACCUAUAUGAAUGUAACAAAAGAUCAAAUAUUUGUUCCAACAGAGUCCUGGAAGAAGAGGAGAAAAGAGCAGGGCUGUAAAAGUACUGAAGAAAUAAUGGCUGAAAACUCCCCAAAUUUGGCAAAGAGAUAAAUUUAUAGAUCCAAGAGAAGCUGAAUGAAUGCCAAAGAGCAUAAACACAAAGAAAUCUACAUCAAUAUAAAGCACAGCCAAGAAUCUAAAAACUAAAGACAAAAAAUUUUGAAAGUAGCAAGUCAAAAAGUGACAUCUUACCUAAAGGGGGAAGACAAUUACGAUGACGUCAGUCAAGUCAGUACCUGUAUCUAGAAAAAAUACACUUCAGGAAUGAAGGGGAAAUCAAGACAUUCUCAAAUGAAGGAAACUUAGAAUUUGCUGCCAGCUGACCUACCCUAAAAGAAGAAUUAAAGUUCUAAACAGAAAGGAAAUGAUAAUACGAGACUUGGAACAUCAAGAAGGAGGAAAAACAGAGCAAUAACUAAUAUGAGUAAGUACAAUACACUUUCCUUCUCUUCUUAAGUGUCCUGUUUGACAGUUGAGGCAAAAAUUAUAAAAUAAAACUGUCUAAUGUUGUUUUAAAUAUAUAUUAAUAUGGUGAAGGUAAAAGGAGGUAAGGUUUCUACACUUCACUGAAACUGGUGUUGACACCUUUAGACUGUGAUAAGGUAUGUAAGUAUCAUAUAGUACCUAGAACAAUCACUAAAAAGGAUAUAAAAGGAAACAUACUAAAAAAUACUAUAGAUAAACCAAAAUGAAAUUCCAAAAUAUACUCAUGAAAUCCAUGAAGAGGCAAGAAAAAGAAACAGAACAGAAAAUAAAAAAUAUCAAACUUAAGCCCUAAUAAACAAUUACAUUAAAUAUAAGUGGUCUCAAUAAUCAAUUAAAAAAGACUGGUGGAAUGGGUUACAAAACAUUACCAACUACAUGAUGUCUCUAGGAAAUUUACUUCGAAUAUAAUGAUACAGACAGGUUGAAAAUGAGAGAAAAAGAUCUAUCAUGCAAACAAUCAAAAGAAAAUAGUGGAUAUAUUAAUACCAGACAAAGUAGAUGUCAGAGCAAAGGAAAUUACAAGACAGAAAGGGACUUUAAGGAUUAAUCUACCAAGAAAACAUAGCAAUCCUAAAUGGAUAUGCACCAAACACAAGAGAGUUGCAAAAUACACAGAGUAGAACUGAAAGGAGAAAGAGACAGAUAUAAUUGAGGACUUCAACAUUCUUCUCUCAACAAUCAACAGAACUAGAAAGAAAAUUUACAAGGAUACAGAAAAAAAACCACUAUCAACCCACAAUCCACAUUUAUAGAACAUUUAACCCAACAGCACAGAUUACACAUUUUUAUCAAGUGCCCAUGGAACACAGACCGGGAUAAACCAUAUAUCCUGGGCCAUAAAACUAGCCUCAACAAAUUUAAAAGAACUGAAAUUAUACAGAAUGUGUUCUCUGACCACAAUAAAAUCAAACUGGAAAUCCUAACAGAAAGAUAACAGGAAAAUCUCCAAAUAUUUGGGAAAUAAACUACUUCUAAGUAAUCCAUGGGUCAAAGAGGAAGUCUCAAAGAAAAAAAAAUUAUUGAACUGAAUGAAACUGCAAAUACAACACAUCAAAAUUGGUGGGACACAGCGAAAUCAGAGCGAAGAGGAAAACUGACAACUAAAUGCAUAUAAUAGAGAAAAAUAAAGGUCUCAAAUUCACAAUCUAAACUUUCACUUCAAGCACCUAGAAAAAGAACAGAAUAAACCCAAAAUAUGUAGAAGAAGGAAAUAAUAAAGAGCAGAAGUUAAUGAGAAUGAAAACAAGUGCAACAAAAGUCAAUAAAACAACGAGCUGGUUCUUUGAAAAGAUUAAAACGACAAACCUCUAGCAAGGGUAGUAAAAAAAAAAAUCACAUUAUCAUUGUAAGGAAUGAAACAAGAUAUAUCACCAUAGACCCUGCAGACAUCAAAAGGAUAAUAGCACAACAACUCCAAUAUAUAUUAAUACAACAACUUAUUCAUGAAUUUAGUAUUAUCUAAAUCUCAAAACCACAGGUCACAGAAGAAAAUUAUAGAAAAUAUCCUCAUAAAAUAGACAUAAAAAUCCUUGACAAAAUAAUAGCAAAUGUAAUUCAGCAAUAUAUAAAAAUAAUUAUACACCCUGAAUAAGUGGAGUUUACUCCAGAGAUGGAGGACUGGUGAAGUAUUUGGAGAAAAAUGAUGAGAUCAUAUCAAUUGAUGCGGAAACAGCAUUUGACAAAUUCAACACCCAUUCAUGAUAAAAACUCUCUGAAAAUAAGGAAAAGACAACUUCAACUUGAUAAUGAGCAUCUACAAAAAACUGUAGUUAAUGGUGAAAGACUAAAUAUUUUCCCCUAAGAUUAUGAUCAAGGCAGGGUAUCUGCUCUUACCACUCUGAAUAUACUGCUGGCAGUUCUACCCAGCGCAGUAAAGCAAGGAAAGGAAAUAAGACAUACAGACUGUAAAGGAAGAAAAUAAAAUUGUAUCUCUUUGCAGAUGACAUAAGUGUGAACAUAGAAAAUCCCAAGGGAUCUACAAAGAAACUCUUAGAACCAGUAAGUUCAGGAAAGUCACAGGAUACAAGAUAAGCAUGCAAAAAAUCAAUUCUAUCUCUAUAUAUUUGCUGUGAACACUGAAGACACUGAAAAGUACAAUACCAUUAAUCACUCAAAAAAAAUUUAGGGAUAAAUCAAACAAAGCAUGUACAAGAAUUAUCUGCUGAAAACUACAAAAUGCUGAUGAAAAAAAUCAAAGACCUAAAUAAAUGGAGAAACUUACUGUGUUCAUGGAUAGAAAAAUUCAACAUAGGAAGGAUGUCCCGUUUCCCAAAAUUAACAAAAAAUUAACUGCUUAAUGCAAUUCCUAUCAAGGUCCCAAGAAGACUUCUUGUAAAUAUAGAUGGGACUAUUUUAAAAUUUAUAUUAGAAAGCAAAGGGACUAAAAUAGUAAAACAAAUUUAAAAAAAGAAUAAUAAAAUGAGGGAAAUCAGUCUACCUGAUUUAAAGACUUGUUACAGAGCUACAGUAAUCAGUAUUGUGUGCUAUGGGUGGAGUAGCAGACACAUACAUCAAUGGAAAAGAACAGAGAACCCAGAAUUCAAAUAUGCCCAACUGAUUUUUAGUAAAGGGACAAAAGCAAUGAAAUGAAGAAUAGCCUUUUCAUCAAAUGGUACUAGAACAAUUGUAUCCAAAAGAAAAAAUUUAACCUCAAACUAAGUCUCUCAUUUAUAUAUGACUUAUAUAAAAAUUAACUCAAAAUGGAUCAGGAACUUAAAUGUAAACAUAAAAUACUACAAUUUAUAGUGACAACACCAAAUGCUGGUGAGUAUGUGGAAAAACUGGAUCACUCAGAUAAUCCUAGUAGUAAUGUAAAAUCAUAUAGCUACUCCCGCAAACAGUUGGGUAGUGUCUUAGAAAGUUAAAUAUGUAACUACCAUAUGACCUGGUAAUUGUAUUCCUUGGCAUUUACCAGAGAAAUGAAAACUUAUGGUCACACAAAAACCUGUACGUGAAUGUAUGUGGAAGCUUUCUUUGUAAUAGUCAAACACUGGAAACCACCCAAAUGUUCUUCAGUAGGUGAAUGGAAACUGGUACAUCAGUACCAUGGAAUACUACUCAGCCAUAAAAAAGGAAGGAGUUAUUGAUGCAUGAAAAUUGGAUAAAUCUCCAGAGAAUUAUGCUGAGUGAAAAAAAGCCAAUUCCAAAAUGUUAUACACUAUACAAUUUAUAUAACAUUCAUGAAAUGACAAAAUUAAAGAAAUUGAGAAUAUUAGUGAUUGUCAGGGGCUAAGGAGGGGAUAUAGGUAGGAGGGAAGUGAGUACUGCUAUAAAAAGGCAAAAUGAAAGACUUCUGUAUUGAAAAUGUUCUGUAUCUUGACUGUAUCAUCGAUAUCCGGAUUGUGAUAGUAUGAUGUUUUGUAAUAUGUUACCACUGUGGAAAACUGGGUAAAGGGCACAAGGUAUGUCUGCAUU